AUGUCAGUGUCGUGCUCCGACUGUUUCUCCGACCUUCUCUGCGGCGAGGACUCCAGUAUUAUCUUCUCCAGUGGCGGAGAAGACCUUCUGGAGUGCUCGUCGGACCUGGAUUUCCCACAGCCGGAUAUCGAGGAAUCGAUUGCCGGACUCAUAGAGAACGAGAGAGAUUUCAUGGUUCCGUGCAGCAAUUAUAUGGAAAAGUCCCAUUCAAACCAAUCUAUUGAUGCAUCAACUAGAGCAGAUUCUGUUGCAUGGAUUCUGAAGGUGAAACGUUACUAUGGUUUUCAGCCGUUAACGGUGUAUCUCUCCGUCAACUAUUUCGAUCGUUUUCUAUACUCCCAUCAAUUGAGGAAAAUGAAUGGGUGGCCUGUGCAAUUAUUGUCCAUUGCAUGCUUGUCAUUAGCUGCUAAAGUGGAGGAACCUCUGGUCCCUUCUCUUCUGGAUCUUCAGGUUGAAGGUCCAAAAUUUAUUUUUGAACCAAGAAAUAUCCAAAGAAUGGAGCUUCUUGUGCUACGUGUACUGGAUUGGAGGCUGCAAUCCAUUUCUCCAUUCAGCUUUCUCAGCUUUUUUGCCCAAAAAAUUGAUCCAACAGGAACUUACACGGGAUUCCUUACGUCGAGGGCAACUGAAAUUAUUCUGUCGAUUAUCCAAGAGACGAGCUUCCUUGAGUAUAGGCCAUCGUGCAUUGCUGCUGCAACAAUACUUUGUGCAGCAAAUGACCUCCCACAUUUCUCUUUAGUUACCGCUCAACAUGCUGAAUCAUGGUGUGAUGGACUCCACAAAGACAAAAUCAUCAGUUGCCACCUAUUGAUGAGACAAUUCGCAUUCACUGAUAGGCCUAGGAAGCAACCAAAAGUGUUACCUCAGCUCCGAGUCAUGACUCGGGCAAGUGUCGUGUGGAACGACUCCUCAUCCUUAUCCUCCUCAUCCUCAUCAUCUUGUAAACGAAGAAAGCUAAACAAUAGUUUAUGGGUGGAUAAUGACAAACAAAGCUCGGAUUAA